UCUUGUCAUUUUUUGAUAUCCUGUGGCAGUGUGGCAGUCUGGCAGAUAUGGUCUCCUUAAGGCCAUGCCUUCUUUUCAUUCUUAUCUGCAUUUUGAUAAUUAAUCAGGCAUAUUCCAAGAAUGAUCGGAAGACUUAUAUUGUCUACAUGGGUGAUCAUCCUAAGGACAUGGACUCCACAUCCUUACCUUUUCUUCAUAUGGACAUGGCUCAAAAGAUCCAUGGCAGUGAUUUUGCACCAGAAGCUAUACUUCACAGCUACAAGAGCUUUAAUGGGUUCGUCAUGAAGUUAACAGAAGAGGAGGCGGAAAGAAUGGCAGAAAUGGACACUGUCGUCUCUGUUUUCCCAAACAAAAAGAACCGUCUUCACACAACAAGAUCGUGGGACUUCCUAGGCUUUCCCCAGCAAGUCAAAAGAACAAGUAUUGAGAGUAACAUAAUUGUUGGAGUAUUAGACAGUGGAAUUUGGCCAGAGUCUGAGAGCUUCAGCGACAAAGGAUUUGGUCCACCACCAAGCAAAUGGAAAGGUUCAUGCCAUAACAUUACCUGCAACAACAAAGUGAUUGGUGCAAAAUACUUUAAUAUCGAAAGUGAUUAUACCAAAGAGGACAUAAAAUCUCCUAGGGAUACAGAAGGGCACGGGUCACACUGUGCAUCAACGAUUGCUGGAAACAUGGUUAACCAUGCAAGUCUACUAGGCUUUGCCAGCGGAACAGCCCGUGGAGGAGUUCCAUCAGCACGAAUUGCUGUGUACAAAAUAUGUUGGAAAUCUGGUUGUUCAGAUGCUGACACACUUGCAGCAUUUGAUGAAGCAAUUGCUGAUGGAGUUGACUUGAUUUCUACAUCAACGGGAGCAGCUGAAGUAGUACACUAUGAGUAUUUUGAAGAUGCAAUUAAUAUAGGAAGUUUCCAUGCAAUGAAAAGAGGCAUAUUGACGUCACAAUCUGCUGGUAAUGAGGGUCCGGAGCUUUACUCUAUGUCAAAUUAUCCCCCUUGGUUACUUUCUGUUGCUGCUACCACUAUUAACAGAAAGUUCCUUACCAAGCUUCAAUUGGGCAGUGGCAUGGUUUAUGAGGGGGUUUCAAUUAACACAUUUGAUCUCAAAAGCAAAAUGUUUCCCCUGAUUUUAUUUCCCGGGAUUUGGAGCGAUAAGACUUUGGAUAAACGUUUGGUGAAGGGAAAGAUCAUUCUAUGUUAUGGCUUCAACGUUACAGACGUUAGGUUUUUGUCUGGUGCGGUUGGUGUUAUUGUUGGAGCCAUUGGUGCGAAAGACCGAGCAAGUGCAUAUGCCCUGCCUGCCACUGUUCUCACUGUCAACGACUUCAGACUCGUAAAUUCUUACAUUGAUUCAGCGGGCAAAAAUGCAACAGCCACCAUAUUCAGGAGUGAUGAAGUCAAUAAUUCGUCUGCACCUUACAUAGCUUCGUUCUCAUCAAGAGGUCCAAAUCCAAUUACUCCAAACAUUCUUAAGCCUGAUCUCGCUGCCCCAGGUGUUAAUAUUAUAGCUGCAUAUUCUCCAAUGAACCCAAUUUCAGAUGUCGAAGGUGACAAAAGACUAGUAAACUAUAAUGUAAUUUCUGGCACUUCAAUGGCUUGUCCUCAUGCCGCUGGGGCAGCUGUAUACGUCAAAUCAUUUCACCCCAAUUGGUCUGCUGCUAUGAUCAAGUCUGCCUUGAUGACCACAGGUACUCCAAUGAGUGCUGCUCUUAAUCCUGAAGCUGAAUUUGCAUAUGGGGCAGGGGAAAUUAAUCCACUUAAGGCAGUAAAUCCUGGUUUAGUAUAUGAUAUUAGCGAAGCAGAUUAUGUCAAGUUCUUAUGCGGUGAAGGGUAUACAAAUAAAAAGCUCAGAGUACUCACUCAAGAUCAUGCUAAUUGCAGCAAAAAAGUUAACAAGGUAGCAGUAUACGACCUUAAUCUCCCAUCAUUUGCUCUUAAAGUAAACGCCUCUUUCUAUAGUGUUUUCCGUCGAACAGUUACAAAUGUGGGAUCGGCAACAUCUAGUUAUAAAGCUAAAUUGAUGUUUCCAUCUUUCUUGGAUAUUCAAGUGAAACCAGAUGUUUUGUCCUUCACAUCUAUUGGGCAGAAAAAGUCAUUCUCGGUCAUAAUUGUUGGGAAGAUUAAUGUGGAAAUAACCUCUGCCUCUUUGGUUUGGGAUGAUGGCAAUUAUCAAGUUAGAAGUCCAAUUGUAAUAUAUGGGAAUCCUCCAAAAAUUCUAUGAUCCUGCGUGUGUGUGACCCAAGAAAAAAAUAACAGUUAAUUUGGAAAGCCGCAUGAUGGCACUUUCCAAGUUCGAAUGCUGCGUUUGUUGCUUCCAUUUAAUGAAGCUUGUAAGUCUAUUAAAAAAUAUAUGCAUGUAAUGUAAGCUCACUGUGGUGAGCCUUUGUCUGCAAUA